AUGCAAGCUUCCGCGUCCGCUCAGCGGAAACCUUGGCAAUCUCAGCGCAAAUCUUCCUUGCGCUCAGCUAGAUCAAGCCAUGCUGCUUCUUCAUAUCACUCAACAAGCCCUCAAGAGGCUGUCCCUGAAGACCGUGACCCUGCGCGCCGUGCAUCGACGGCGACUUCACAGUCUUCACAGCCAAAAUGGUGGCGAGUGCGUCUAUUUCGAGGCAUGAUUAAGGAUGUGAAGCGCAGAGCUCCUUAUUAUUGGAGUGAUUGGACUGAUGCGUGGGACUAUCGAAUUGUUCCUGCGACAGUGUAUAUGUAUUUUGCGAAUAUUCUGCCUGCUUUAGCUUUCUCGUUGGAUAUGUUUGAGAAGACCAAUCAGAGUUAUGGAGUCAACGAAGUUCUACUUGCUUCUGUUCUUGGGGCGGUUGUGUUUUCUGUCUUUGCGGCUCAGCCAUUGGUUAUUGUUGGUGUCACUGGUCCAAUCACCGUGUUCAAUUACACUGUAUACGAUAUUAUCAGUCCCCGGGGAACCCCGUACCUGGCAUUCAUGUGCUGGAUUGGAAUUUGGUCGCUAAUUAUGCACUGGAUACUCGCUAUCACAAAUGCAUGCAAUGGAUUGACCUAUGUCACACGAUUCUCAUGUGAUAUCUUCGGCUUCUAUGUUGCCUGCAUCUAUCUCCAGAAGGGUAUUCAGGUUCUCACUCGACAAUGGGGACAGGCUGGCGAGACUUCAGCGUACCUCGCCAUCAUGGUAGCUCUACUCGUCUUGAUGGCUGCCUGGAUCAUCGCGGAGCUGGGUAACAGUAAUCUCUUUCAAAGAUAUGUUCGAAAGUUUCUCGAGGAUUAUGGCACACCUUUGGUCAUUAUCUUUUUCACCGGAUUUGUGCACUUUGGCCAUAUGCGUGAUGUUGAUGUCUCGACCCUGCCGACCAGCAAGGCUUUCUUCCCUACACUUGAUCGAGGAUGGUUAGUGCAUUUCUGGAAUAUCGACGUUGGUGAUAUUUUCCUAGCUAUCCCAUUCGCCAUUCUCUUGACAAUUCUUUUCUACUUUGACCACAAUGUCUCUUCACUCAUUGCUCAAGGUACUGAAUUUCCUCUACGCAAGCCAGCAGGUUUCCACUGGGACCUUUGGCUGCUGGGCCUCACAACUUUUGUGGCUGGAAUACUUGGCAUUCCAUUCCCCAAUGGACUCAUCCCACAAGCGCCUUUCCACACUGCUGCACUUUGUGUUACUCGCCAGGUAGCCGAUGAGGAUGAUACCAACAAGGGCAAAGCCAUCCGAGUCACAGACCACGUUGUGGAGCAAAGAGUCAGCAAUUUCGCUCAAGGUCUUCUCACCCUCGGAACGAUGACUGGUCCGCUCUUGAUCGUCCUCCACUUGAUUCCCCAGGGAGUCAUGGCAGGUCUUUUCUUCAUCAUGGGUGUCCAGGCUCUCCAGGGUAACGGUAUUACCCAGAAACUGAUCUUCCUAGCCCAGGACAAGGAGUUGACUCCAGCCUCUAAUCCUCUUAAGCGAGUGAAGCGUCGGUCUGCGAUCUGGGUCUUUGUGAUCAUCGAAUUAAUUGGAUUCGGUGCUACUUUCGCAAUCACUCAGACUAUUGCUGCGAUUGGAUUCCCUGUUAUCAUUCUCCUGUUAAUCCCUGUUCGGUCAUUCCUGUUCCCGCUUUGGUUCACCCGUGAGGAACUGAGUGUCUUGGAUGCACCCACUGCAAGCCCUUUUACUAUGGAAAGUGUUGGUGGAACACACGGUCUAGACGACGAUGAAGACGAUGAGAUUGAUGCCAGGGGAGUACAGUCGAAUGAAGGUGGCAUUCUACAGGGGCGUAACUCCCCGUCUUCGGAUUCUGCUGUUGAGGAUAACGAUUUGGAGAGGGGUGAGGCAUAUGAACUUCAAGUUCGCUCAUCUGUACGAAGAAGAAGUACGGCGAGUCGAGUUGACUAG